AUGCUAACCUCAGAUCUCAGUUUCAUUGAUUCACUCACGCCAACGCAGGAGCAUUUCCUUAAGAAAUUUCUCUUAGAGCAGCAAUUGACUUCAGAACUCCACAACUUAUCGGAGCCCCACAGCCUACAGAACCUUGGCCCACCGUUUGCCAAUGAUGCAGACGAUAAUAAACAAAAUGACUCGGACAUGGUACUUCUCCGGUACUUUUUUUCACGUUUCGUGGCUACAUUUCCCUUGAUUGCAAACAACAGCCCGGAAGACCAAAGAGACUUCUGGAAGGAGACUGUGGAACCCUUUGUUGACAGCUUCAACCGCAAAAACAUGUCAGAGGGAAUGGAGAGAAAUGAAAAAGUCACCAAAAGACACCAGGUCAACCAUAAGUUGCUCUCGUCGCUUCUACUUUUCUACAAUUCUAUGUUUGUCAGCAAGCGAGACAUGGAGUACCUCGAAGCAGAUCACUUGAAGUCGUCUGAUCAGGGAAAACUCCAGAAAUUAGCCAAGGGGCCCACAAAAUCCACUGUUGGACUCGAAGAUUAUCAGAAACCCAAGACAUUGGACGAUUAUGUGGAAAUGACAUUUGUGAACGAUAUGAACUUGAAUAUUGUAGCCGUGGACGUUGAGCCAGCCAUUGAGGUACCCAAACUGUGGAGCUUCAACCCAAUGAAGUUGAUAGUUCCGGAAACUACUGGCUCUCCAAACUAUUUCUUCAUAAUUCAGGUGACAAAACGCUCUGGUGACCUGCAACACUAUACUUAUCGGUCACAUUUUAUCAGUAGACCAUACCUGGACUUCCGCCAUUUAGAAUCGCUGCUUAGGAAGAAAUAUCCCGGGUUGAUGACCACCGAUGUUUGUCGGAUUCCUCACAAAAUGAAGCACGACGAUGGCGUAACGGUAGACGAUGUGUCUGUUUUUUCUGAUGUUACAGGUUCCAGCACAGAGUCGUCCAUGCUGAACAAGAAGGGAAUCAAAGUGAAGUUCCAUCGGGAAAAGCUCCGCCUUGCACUUCGGGGCUACCUUAACUCCCUUCUCUCCAAGCCAGAGAUUGCACACUGUGACGUUUUUGAUGGAUUUCUCGAUGACAAAAAUAGAAACUUUAGCAAACUCUCCCUGGCGCAAGAGUUAGACUUCAUUCAAAGGAUGCAAUUAGAGAAGAGCAGGCUCGAUACUCAGCAAGAAUUUCAAGAACGAACCGCCAAAGUCGUCUAUGCGUUGACCCAUGAUUUUGAUGAAUUCAAAACUCAACUCGUGCGGGAGCCUCAGCAACUUACUGCUCUAUUUGAAGAAUUGGGCCAUACUAAAGACAGAGAGAAGGUGUCCCCACUUCUCCGUACAUUUGUUGAAUGGUGUAAGUUGGAAGUGGCUGCAACACUCUACCAAGUAUUCCUCACUCAAGAUAAUCUGAGCGAAUGGCUUGCAAAGUGUCGCAAGUUCCACCGCUUAUUUCCGUAUAAUGUGUGCUACGGCAUUCUCAAGUACACCAAUCCCGUCAGAAUUAUGAGCAGAAUGGUGGACUUGCUUUUGGUGAAUAUUCCCAGUUUUAGCUGGGGCAAGAGCCAAAAUGAGAACAAAGCACAUAACUUGCUUUCUAUGAUUUUUGUGAUGCUCCUUGACGAAGAUUUGGAAGACUACCUGAAGGAGAGAGCAAAGUUGAUGGAGCUGGAGCCGUUGAAUCUCCCUGAGUAUCAAAUUUUUAUUGAACGAAUCCAGUGCUAUGUUCGCGACAAAGAGCUGGACAUUAGUGAGGAAGUCAAAGAGGAGGCUCUCUCGAACGGCGAAAAUUUACUAAUAACCAUUCUCAAGACAGACAAACUUGAGCCCGUGCUACAGGACAAGGAUGGACCGCAGAUGAAUGCAAUUGAGGCGGCUUACUCUUCUUACGAAUCCCUCGAUCAGCACAAGAUUAUUGAUGCAACGGUAAACUACGUUAAUCUUCGGCAACUCUGGCAGUUGGAGGUGCGGAGAAGAGAUAAGCAAAUGUUAAAGCAAUUAUGGCAAGAAGAAGAACUUACAUUACUCAUCAAGAAGCUUCUCACGUUGUUCUUCCAACCCAUGAUGACGGUGAUGAAGAAAUGUGACAUUCAUCUCGCGUUCCGUGAUUGGCAGUAUUUUAUGAACGACUUGAUGGACGAGUUGAGCAAGCUUGAUGAGGGCGAUAUUUUCUACAUGAGUUCGGUUGAAAUGUUUGAUCGCUUCAAGACGCUUUUGGAUAAGCACGAGGACGCAUUCUGGAGUUUCAUGCAUAACUUGUACAUGAAGGACGACCAACGCAUAUUUCUUGGCAUUGUGGAAUGGAUAGAGACAUUUUUGGUCGAUCUUCGACUCAAAUUCGUUGCACCGGAUCACGUAACAAUUGACGUCGCCAGAUUCACUCCUUCCGAGCCAAUAGAUGAAGAUCUUUUUGUGUCACAACUAGACAGCCGUAUUGAAUUAGUGUUGGAGAUGCGCCGUUUGCUCAAGGAAUAUUUACGUAAUGCUGCGCAUCAAGAGGCCGACAUCCUGCCGGACGAUGUGAAUGAAACAUCCGGAAACAGUAGGCAACGCGCCAUUACUAGUGAGUGGGAGAAAAUAAACCUGGGAAUUUUUGGAUCUAACAACAGCGGAUUUGGCGUGGCAGCCGCCGAUGUUGAGGAUUACAAUCUAAUGGCCAUGCAUAGUAAAACCGCUAAUGGAAUGGAUGAAGAUGCAGCCCACCGAGAGAUUUUACGAAAAGUUGCGGCUUUAGACUCUCAGUUGAGACAAAAAGUCACACGAGAUGAGUUAGGCAAGUUGAAGGCAUCUACUCGGAUCUGCUUGCAGAAUCUAUUAUAA